GCGGCGGCGGCUCCGGGAGCCGGUGCGACUCCGGCCCGCGCUGUGGGAUCCGGCCACGUCUGGGCGAGCCCCGCCUGGGCCGAAGCGUGCGGACGAUGGAAACCCUCCCCCCGCCAUGUCUCUGGGCCGUCUCCUUCGCCGGGCCUCCUCCAAAGCCUCGGACCUCCUGACCCUCACCCCGGGCAGUGGUGGCGGGUCCCCCUCCGUCCUGGACGGGGAAAUCAUCUACUCCAAGAACAAUGUCUGCGUGCACCCGCCAGAGGGGCUUCAGGGGCUGGGGGAGCACCACCCAGGCUACCUGUGCUUGUGCGUGGAGAAGGACGAGAUGCUGGGAAGCACCCUCAUCCUCACGUGGGUGCCCAACUCGCGGAUCCAGAGGCAGGACGAGGAGGCGCUCCGCUACAUCACCCCCGAGAGCUCCCCCGUGCGCAAGACGCCCCGCCCACGGGGCCGGUGCGCCCAGAGCUUGGGGACCCCCCGCCAGCCCUCCCCCACGGAGGCCAGGCCCGCCCUGAUCCCCAGAGAUGAGGACACCGCGGCGGUGGCUCAGAGCGUCAGGGAUGCUGAGCGCGUCAGCCCUUCCCCCCCUUCCGAGGACGGCGAGAAGCUGGCCCAGAGCUUGGGGAUGGCUCCGCCGCCAGCCCACAGCGACUCCUCUGGGAUCCUGUCUGCUGUCAGCUCGCAGGAUGGGACCGAGGAGGGACGGGAGCCGCGGCCCGAGGCCUGCGAGGAGGAGGGCUCCCUGGAGCUCUCAGCGGAUGGCGUGAGCAGGGACAGCUCCUUCGACUCAGAUUCCGACGCCUUCUCUUCACCCUUCUGCCUCUCGCCCAUCAGCACCGCCCUUGUGGACAGCGGCAGCUCCGUGUUCCUGGACAGCGAGAGCGGCUCCCCCUGCGGCCCCGACGCCCAGCUGCGCUUCCCCGAAGGCGAGGGCCUGCUGGCGACGCCCCGCUGGGAUGAGCCCCAGAGGAACUGCGCCCUGGAGCAGAUCUGCGGCGUGUUUCGCGUGGACCUGGGCCACAUGCGCUCCCUCCGGCUCUUCUUCAGCGACGAGGCCUGCACCAGCGGCCAGCUGGUCAUCGCCAGCCAGGAGAGCCAGUACAAGGUGUUCCACUUCCACCGCGGCGGCCUGGACAAGCUGGGCGACGUGCUCCAGCAGUGGAAGUUCUGCACCGAGACGCACCUCAAGGACCAGCAGGUCGCCGACGAAAAGACGUGCAUGCAGUUCUCUAUCCGCCGGCCCAAGCUGCCCUCGACAGAGACGCACCCCGAGGAGAGCAUGUACAAGAGGCUGGAUGUGACGGCCUGGCUGCGCCACCUGAACGAGCUGGGCCAGGUGGAGGAGGAGUACAAGCUUCGCAAGGCCAUUUUCUUCGGCGGCAUUGAUGUGUCAAUCCGGGGGGAGGUCUGGCCCUUCCUGCUGCGGUAUUACAGCCACGAGUCGACGUCGCAGGAGAGGGAGGCGCUGCGGGCGCAGAAGCGGAAGGAAUACGCCGAGAUCCAGCAGAGGAGGCUCUCCAUGACCCCUGAGGAGCACAGAGCGUUCUGGCGCAACGUGCAGUUCACCGUGGACAAGGAUGUGGUUCGGACGGAUCGAAGCAACCAGUUCUUCCGGGGGGAGGACAAUCCGAACGUGGAGAGCAUGAGGAGAAUCCUGCUGAACUACGCGGUCUACAACCCAGCCAUCGGCUACUCCCAGGGCAUGUCAGACCUGGUGGCGCCCAUCCUGGCCGAGGUCCUGGACGAGUCAGACACCUUCUGGUGCUUCGUGGGCCUGAUGCAGAACACCAUCUUCGUCAGCUCUCCGCGGGACGAGGACAUGGAGAAACAGCUGCUCUACCUGCGGGAGCUGCUGCGGCUGACACACCUGCGCUUCUACCGGCACCUGGUCUCGCUGGGCGAGGACGGCCUGCAGAUGCUCUUCUGCCACCGCUGGCUCCUGCUGUGUUUCAAGCGCGAGUUUCCUGAGGCUGAGGCCCUGCGGAUCUGGGAGGCCUGCUGGGCCCACUACCAGACGGAUUACUUCCACCUUUUCAUCUGCGUGGCCAUCGUAGCCAUUUACGGGGAUGACGUCAUUGAGCAGCAGCUGGCCACCGACCAGAUGCUCCUGCACUUUGGAAACCUGGCCAUGCACAUGAACGGGGAGCUGGUUCUCAGGAAGGCGCGGAGUCUGCUGCACCAGUUCCGCCUGCUGGCCCGCAUCCCCUGCAGCCUCCACGACCUGUGCAGGACGUGCGGCAGCGGCAUGUGGGACAGCGGCUACAUACCCGCGGUGGAGUGCACCGGCCACCACCCCGGCUGGGAGAGCUGCCCCUACGGGGGCACGGCGGAGACCCCUUCGCCCCGGCCCCCCAGAGAAGGCAAGAAGGGCGCCAAGGUGCCUCGGGAAGGCUUCGGUUUCCGCAGGUAGCUCGUGCUCCCUGCGCGCCGCCGAGGCCCGGGCAUGCGGGAGGGGCAGGGAUGGGCAUGGAGGGGACAGUAGACAAAUGAGGAAAAAGAGACUUGCGGCAACAGGAAGAGAACCUUUCCGUAUUCGCGACGUAAGUAGAGCCCCGGAGUGACAGAAGUUACGACCCGCCAGCUGCCCAGAGAGGAGUCAGCUCCGGAAGCGGUGGCGCCAGAAUGGACGCUGUCAGCUGCCGAUGCCCGCCUCGGGGGCUCCCCCAGCCCCAGCGGUGACCCCGGCAGCGCCAGGCGGUGAGAAAGGACCAGAAGGCCCGCUCCCCCGGCAGCACAGGGAACGCAGAACAGAAUGGGGUCCCGUCCAGCCCUGAGACAGCUCUGCAAGCUGGACACACGUCGUCAUCAGGCCCCAUUUUCCGAGCGGGCCGGUCUCACUUUCCACAGCUUCAGAGCUACUAUGAAGAUGUCUACAAACAAAACAAAACAAAACCUGGUGGUUUCAGGAUAGAGAGGGGUAGGCACAGUGGAGGGUCUGAGAAGCUGGGGGCUUUUCAGUGUCUGUUUAGACGUUUUAUGCUCCUGGUAUCAGCCCGAGCCUCGAGGUGUUGGACUCCCCUCCCGUGGUGGAGGGGGCUCUACGGGAGCAUCUUUGACAUUGUUGAAGGUCCCCGUCACCAAACACAGCGACCAGCCGGGGGCCAUGUGUGCAGGCAGGAUCGACAGUCUCUGAAGGAAGUGGUAGUGCGUUAAAUGACCAUCCAAGACAAAGGCACCGGAAAGAACUAGAAAGGCUCCCACGUCCCCGCAGGCCCUGCACAGCGUGAACGUGGGCCUCCUGUAAGCUUCGCGGGUGGUUGGGGGCAGCAGUGACCGCAGCAAUGUAGCCGGCGCUCAGGACACGGUUGCCCCUUCCGGGACCUAGCGGUGGACAGGGGAGGGUGUGGGAGAGUCCCCAGCCAGCCAAAAAGCAUCCGGCCAUUUGCACGGGAAGGCUGCCUCUUGAGCCGUUGGAGUCGUGGAGGUGUGAAUCCGUCCCCGAAUCCUCCUGCACGUCCUUGAAGGGGUCAUCGUGGAGACACUGAGGCUUCCUCCCGCUCUCGGCCUGCUCCCUGGGGAGCAAACUCCGCUGCUGGUGCCAUGUGAAAAAGACGUGUAUCCACAGGAAAGGAAGUUACCGGCCCCCUCCCUCGAAGCUUCUCGGUCCCCCAUGAGCCCAGAGCCUCCCGCAGGCAAGGUGGCCAAGACUGGCAUCUCCGAGUUCCCAGUGCUGUUGUCCCCAGAGCCUUCUGGGGAGACUCUCCUGGAGCCCCCACAGUCCCCAGAUCCUGGGGUGCUGGCUAUUUCAGCCCAGCAGCAGGGUGCAGGCUGGGUGGGGGUGGGCCUCUGGGAAGAGGGAGUUGCCUUUCUGUGUUGGCCCCCAGUCUGCUUUGAAAAAAGCUUCAGCUAAGCAGGCGCCAUACCGGUUCUGCCAUAGAAACCACA